GCUCCGCUCCUGUGCUCUCCUCGCCGCGAUGCCGCCGCCGUGUCCUCGCGGGGCCCUGCCCGGGGCCUCCCUCCUCCUCCUCCUCCUCCUCUUCCUCCUGCCGCUGCUCUGCGCGGCGCCCGAUGUUUCAAGGGGAAAUAAGCUUAAACUGAUGCUUCAGAAACGAGAAGCUGCUGCUGCUGCUGCUGCUGCUGCUGCGAGGCCGGAGGUGUCCGUGAAAGAAACAGCAGCCAAGGAGUUCCUGAGCAGCCUGAGACGCCAGCGGCGCCAGCUGUGGGACAGGAGCCAGCCCGACGUGCAGCAGUGGUACCAGCAGUUCCUGUACCUGGGCUUCGAUGAGCAGAAAUUUGAAGAUGACAUCUCCUACUGGACCAACUUGGGGCGUGCUCGUAAUGAGUACUACGGUGGGCACUACCAGCACCACUACGAUGAAGAUUCUCCCAUUGGCCCACGGGACCCGCACGCCUUCAGGCACGGGGCAGGCGUCAACUACGACGAUUACUAAUGCCAUUUACCCUAGGGCAGCUGGGCGAGGCUGAGCCCUCCCUCCGUCAGGAUGACCUUGCUUUUUCUUCUGGUCAUGCCAAACAGAAAGAGUAAAGGAACUGCCAGACUUUCAUCAAAGCAGCAUGAUUUUUUUAAACUAUUAUUACUUAGUAGUACACUAUAUAUAAAAAGUGUUAUAGAAAUAAAGCUUUUUUGAUAAUCA